AUGGCCCUCGCAGUACCCAGUACAGAUCCCAAGGUCCUCGUGGCCCAGGAAUCAAGCCCAGAAUACACCUUCAAGACCUUCACCGCCGAAACAGCCUGGACACUCGGCAACGCCCUCCGCACGAGAAUCCUCUCUCUCCCCUCAAAUCAGCGUCGCCCAGCCCUAAUCUCCAUCGCGCUAGCGACAGCUCCGAGCGAGCGUGGCUCCCUGCACGUAAUUUUCCAAGCCACGACGGAGAGCGGCACAGUUCUGGACAACGAGAACUGGGUGCGACGGAAGCGUAACACCGUUCUGCGCUUCGGUCUCUCUAGUUGGACUAUGCGGCAGAAGAUUGCUUCAGGGCUGGAGGUUAGUGCUACAGCUGAUGAUGUUGAGGCUGCGUUUGUCAAGAAGUUUGGGUUGAAUAGUGCUAGUGGGGCUGUGGCUGAUGAAUAUGCUAUUCAUGGCGGUGGGUUCCCGAUUCGGGUUCAAGGUGUUGAUGGGGUUAUUGCUGUUGCUGUUGUUAGUGGAUUGACGCAGGAGGAUGAUCAUCAGGUUGUGGCUGAGACUUUGAAGGAGGUCAUUGCACAGGGAAAUUAA